GCAACAGCUUCAGUCUUCUGUUUCAAUAGCAGGCGGGAGGCAGCAGCGCUCGCUCCGCGUGCUCGGAGCACUGUCUUGUCAGCAGAUGAGGAGGCCUACACAGGCACAUUUGAACUUAUUUCACUUUUGCUUCGCAUCCGACAACAUGAUCCUCGACCCGUGGUCCCUGUGGAGCUACUGUGUAGUCCUGCUGCUCGGAGUAACAUGCUACUUCCUGUCCGGUUGGUUCCGGUCUGUUUGUUUUGUCCUGCAACUUUCAGGACCUCCUGCUGUGCCCCUGCUGGGAAACGCUCUCCUGAUCACCAACCACCAAAGGCUGAAGGAAAUCGGCGAGACGGCUUACAAGGAGUACGGUCCGGUGUUCCGUGUGUGGAUUGCAGUGAUACCAGGUGUUUUUCUUUUGGCGCCAGAGCACAUACAGGUCAUCUUAAGCAGUAACGUACACACCGAGAAGGUGUACCUAUACAAGUUGCUGCACAACUUUCUUGGGCAGGGACUGAUCACAAGCAGCGGACGGAAGUGGCGACACCACAGGCGUUUGCUCCAGCCUAGCUUCCACCUCAGCGUUUUGGAAGGUUUUCUAGGGACGUUUCAUGAGUGCGCCCGAUACCUCGUGACGAAACUAGAAGCUGACGCGGAUCUGAGCGCGGUCAACAUCACAGGGCCCGUCAAUCGUUGCGUACUCAACAUUCUACACGAGGCUGUUUUGGGCAUCCCAGCGGCUACUCAGGCCUCUGGCAUUUCGGAUUCGCCAUUCCGCAAAGGCAAGGUCGUGAUGCCCUAUCGGUUACUGUACCCCUGGUUUCUCUUCGACUGGAUCUACAGACUGACAGACGUCGCGAAGCUCGAGAUUCAGCAGCAGAAAAAUAUCGCCGAUUUCACCAGAGAGAGAAUAAAGGAAAGAUGCAGAGAGGGACGCGUCCACGAUCAGCUCCGUGACGUUACGGACUCCCCGAACAAGAAGUCCUUUCUGGACCUGAUGCUGCGGAUCUCUGAGGCAGACGAGUCGUUCAGCGAGGAAGACGCGGUGCAGGAGCUGUGCACGUUCAUGCUGGCGGGUCAGGAUUCGGUAGGAGCCGCCAUGGCCUUUAGUCUGUUCGAAAUAGCGAGGCACCCGGGCGUCCAAGAACGCGUCGUUCAAGAGGUGGACGAAGUGUUCGGUGAUGAUACCAGGACCCCCAGUCUGAAUGACAUUAGGAGGCUCAAGUACUUGGAGCAGUGCAUCAAGGAGACUCUGAGGCUGUAUCCCAGUGUGCCCAUCUUGUCGAGGACACUCAGAGAGGACGCCAAGAUAGGUAAGUACACCAUACCGGCGGGUUGCGGGGUGCACAUCUGUCCUUUCGCUACGCAUCGUCUGCCUGGAAUCUACCCAGACCCUGAAAAAUUCGACCCGGAAAGAUUCCUGCCUGACGCGGUUGAGAGGCGACAUCCAUAUGCGUUUAUUCCCUUCAGCGCUGGACCCAGAAACUGCAUAGGAUACAAAUUUGCGCUGAUGGAGAUGAAGACCGUCAUCGCCACGAUUCUGAGAUCUUACCGACUGUCCACCGUGCCAGGACGGGAGAAGCUGAGACUCACCUACCGCAUCACAUUGCGCGCCAGUGGUGGCAUCUGGCUCGGCCUCACUCCGAGGAAGCAGGCAACCAGUCACUGAACCGACUGAUUCAGCGAGGCAGGUCCUGAUAUAUUCCGGCAGAUGCGUAGAGGUUGGAAUACGGCGCCGGUCAUUUAAGACGACCCGGAAUUAUGACUUUCGUAUGUUGUCCAUCGAUAGGUCGAUUUGCCACUCGUCGCCCAUUGCCAAAGAACUGGGCCCGAGUCUGGUCUGUGACGUCACUUGGGGUGACAUUGCUGUUACUGCAAAAUAUUUUUGUGUGCUUUCAUUUUUCAAUUUUCUUUUUUUCGAUCUUCAGGGUAUCACAGCUUUUGCUAUGAAGAGUUCCACCUCUGGUAUAUAAUGCCGCGUAGUUCGGGGAAAGACAGCAGGCGUUUCGGAAGAACCAUUUUCACGGUCGAAGAGUGAGCAGAGCAAGAAAGGGGAAUGAAGCAGGCAGCAAUAAUGAGCAGCACGCAGUUCCCUCUGCUUGCUGUCUGCCUCAUGCCCCUUUCUUGCUUCGUUCACUCUUCGACCGUGAAGGUGGAUGGAGUAGGUUUCCCCGAAACGUCGGAUGGCUUUCAUCAGCCUACAGGAUGCCGUAUCGCAGAAGCUACAACUCCUCCUCAUUAUGGACUUUUCUAAUGCGAAAUGAAGUACAGAUUGAAUUUGGUUGUUAAAUACUAAUUUAAAAACCCCGUCAUGAACUUCAGAACUGAGCCCAAUGACAUAUUCUACCCUCAUUAAAAUAUCCUGUCUCCAAUCUACGCAUUUCCCAUAAAUUUUCACUCUCUGAAAUUUAAAAUUAUCUUUCGUAUAGGAUUUCUUCCUAUUUGUAACAUGUCCACAUCUUCUGUUUGAUGAACAUUUGUGUGCAAUAAUUAAUUCUUAAUUUCAUAUGUAAUUUAUCUUCUAAUGGUGUAUAAGAUCUGCUAUCCAUUUUAUUUAUAAAUCUCUUACUGGCUAGAAA